UGUUUUUAUUUAUUGUUGUUUUGAUUCAUUUAUCUAAUAUAAGUGCUAUAAGUACUCUCGUUUGUGUGUCUUGUCAACAAUUAAACAAAUCUCCUUGAGUAUCUUUUGUAUCCUAUAUCCACCCACCAUUUGUUAUCAUUAGCGUUAUUAUAGCGAAGCGCACUAAUUACAACUUGCAGUGAAUUAGAUACGAAAAUAGAUUACUCACAUGGGCCAUUUUUACAACACCGAACCGGUGGUGUGGCCGUCCUGAUUCUGAUUCUGAUUCCGAUUCCGAGAGUAACGACAGAGAGUCAAAAUGCUGAUGGUGCUGGAGAACAAUAUGCAAAACCAAACGCUUAUCAGACAUACACCGCCGCCGCCGACACCGCCGCCGACGUUCGAUAAGCAAAGUACAUGCGUAUCUCUUGAUAUCGUGCCGUUCGCGUCGUUUUCGAUGAGUUCUCCAGCCGUGCCAUCAGCAGCAGCGUUGGGAAUGGGAAUCACAAGCUUACCGCAACGACGACGACGACGGGCUCAGUUGUAUCGUGACUGGCAUGGCACCCGUCCAAUUGAUCGAGUCGUCGUCGUUAUCGUUCGAGCUCUAGCAAAAAGACUGUUAAUGAUGACUUCGGCAGUGGCGAGUUCGUCAUCGACGACGUUAAUUGCAUUUCUGCCAAUUCUUCUAUUGGUGCUGUGUGUAGUCGCAGCAGAAGUUGCGGACGUCGUCGUCAUCGGCGAGAUCGAUGGCCUUACCCCAGAAGAUGUUCGAUUUGCAACGUUACGCUGCCAGAACGAUUCCACGGAUGAUCCAGCGAUGCGGCUGCAGUGGUCUUUGCGGAUGUUUCCGGAUAACCAUGAGACUCAUUGCUAUGUAAAGUGUCUCCUAAGCAAAUUAGGGCUAAUUAAUUUGGAGUACAGGGGACUUGAUGGCCAGAAAUUCAUUCAACCGUUGGAAAAUCAGGACAUUGAUAUUUCGGACGAAUGCUUCUCACAUCUCGAUGAUAAACUCAGCGGAACUUGUGAGAGCUAUUACAGAAAAUGGAUGGAUAUGAGAGCAGCUUGCAAGGAGUUCUUCUACAUUUCCCUCUUCGAGGACCCAAGGGAGGUGGACAAGUUCAAUAAAAUGAAUGUUACCCAAAGUAAGAACUUUGGAGAAACGGCUUCGGAGUUCUGCAGCAAAGACAUUACCUUAUCCGAAAGUAGGGAAUUGACUUCAGAGCAAACCCUUGGAGAUGACAUACUGAGUAUUUUUAAAUGUGAAUUGGCCUGCAUUUUCCGACACAUUCGUUACUUUGACAUUUAUGGAAGAAUUGACAAGAAUGAAAUAAUUCGUAGUUUCAAAGAAGCCAAUUCGGACUCUAAAGCCAAUCUGCAGGUUAUUUCCAAAUGUGCUCAUAGAUCAAAUUCACUAUACCCAUUUGGGCCUUGUCAGAUGGCAUACGAACUUUAUCAGUGUUUUAUAAAAAAAGUUAAAAAUUUUAAAGAAAUUUAUGCACAACGCGAUAAGAUAAGUCGGUAUUUUUAAUUGAGCACCACCAGCACCUAACCUACCUACAAAGAUAAAAAUCUAUUUCAGAAAAAUAAAGAAAUAUUAGAUGUAUGUAUGUUUAUAUGUGAUUCACAAUUUUAUUUGAAACUGUUAAAAAAAUAAGGUUAAGUGUGUUUUUAAGUUAAAUAAAAAGAUUUGAUCUUUGAUGUUAAACAUA